UGAAUACUGAAUCCCGAUUAACAGCUGAGGGCAAAAUUUCUGGGGCCUUGGACUAAACUUUGGAGCGGUUAGAACACAAGUACAUUUGUGUUAAAUAGUAUCGUAUUUGAAAAAGUACUAAAAUGUGGUGGGAAAUUUUACCAUCGUUCGGAAUACUCGUGGGGCUUAUGGCAAUUCCUCAAUAUGGGACUUUCUAUUUGCACAAGGCUGUUCUCGACAAUGGUUAUAGAAGAGAUAUGUCAUCUCGAUGGGACCGCAACCUGUACACCAGAGAUCGACGGCUCUGUGGAGACCCUUACAAAACUCCUGGACUCGAAGCCAUUCCCGACAACUAGAUGGGUGGCUCUUAGCACAUUGUGUGUAAUGUAGACAAAAAGGAACUAUUCAAUUGUACUAUAAUAUAUAUGUCAAUAAAUUACAAAGAUGAACUGCAAAUUUCAUCUAUCACAGGUUA